ACCAUUACUAGUUUAUUACUCCUGCAAGCUGACAAUUCAUUCAUUCAGAGAGGCCUGUGCUUUCACAAAACCCUUCUUUGUAUAUACACACACAUUAUACAUACAUACAAUCCCCCAAUUCUCUCCUCCGUUACUGAUCACUGCACUCCACUCUCUCUCUCUCCCCCUCAUCUCUCUCUCUCUCUCUCCCUCUCAUCUCUCUCUCUCUCUCUCCCUCUCAUCUCUCUCUCGCUCUCUCCCGCUCAUCUCUCUCUCUCUCUCGCUCUCUCUCUCUCUCUCUCUAUCGCUCUUGUCUCCUUCUCUAACUUAUGCAUGGAGGAGGAGAGAAGUAAAAAGAUUAAGCUAUCGCUAGACAGUCGAGGCUGGAGCAAGCUAUUAGACAGCAAGGACGACGACGGCGAUCCUCCGGCGCUAGUGGUGACGAAAACCGGCGCUGAUUUGGCGGAAUCCGAUUCCGGCGAGAGCGACCGGUUGGCCGUCGAAUUGAUGAGUGAUAGUCAACUAGUGAAAUCGAUUGAGAAACAGAAGAAUACGUAUGCGUCAACUGGGAGCAAGUUGCCUGAUAAAGGACAGAAGAUAAAGGAUGUGAUUAAGAAACUCGAAAUGGAGAAGGAGCGGCGUGAGAGGAAUCCACGGAAGAUCGUCAAGGUUGUUGAGCUUUUCAAGGAUAAUAACAGAAGUGAUACGCUAUCACAUUCCCAAAAUUCAAGUGUAAAAGCUCCAUCAAUUGGCGUCAAGCAAGUCGCUCCUCCAUCAGGCCAGUCUGAAUUUGGCGUCCUUUUUUGUCAAAAGUUCGAAAAAGAUCAAGCAAAUAGGGCAGCUGGUGCAUUCCAAAACCAACUAAAGGCUUUAGGCCGCUGUGAUCGAUUGAAAACUAGACCAAAUGGUCAAGUUUCACCAAAGGAAAAGCAGAGCAUAUUGAGAUCAAGAAAAAACUGUUUUCAAAGCCCUGGACUUUUCUCUGGUGACGGUAAAAAGAAAUAUACUUCUAAUGUGGCUGUACACACUUCUUCCAGUUCUUCGGAUAUGGAGGAAAAUCCAUCUCGUUGUUUGUCAAGGAGAAAUUCUUCAAAGGUCUACCCUUCCAAUAAUUCCAGGCCUACGAAUCAGGUACAUACAGUUGUUCUACUGGAUGAGGAAUCCCAACAUGUGGAUAAAAUAGAUGAAGAAGAAAAAGUAGAUGAAGGCAUGAAAGGAACCACCAUUUACUAUCCAUCAAGGGAUCAUCCAGAUUCAGUUGAGAUUUGUUAUACAGACAUGGAAUGUCUUGCUCCAGAAACCUAUUUGACAUCAACCAUUAUGAACUUCUAUAUCAGAUAUCUGCAACGAGCAAAAUUUACAACCGAUGAUGACAGAGGCAGAUAUCAUUUUUUCACCACAUAUUUCUAUGAAAAGCUGAAAGUAGCUGUACAAACCACGAAAUAUGACAUGGAAGAAAUGUAUGCGAAGUUCCGAAGGUGGUGGAAAGGCAUUAAUUUAUUUGAGAAGGCUUACAUAUUCCUGCCAAUUCAUGAGAAUCACCACUGGAGCUUGGUAAUCAUAUGCAUCCCAGACAAGGAAGAUGAAUGUGGUCCAAUUUUACUUCACCUGGAUUCACUUGGGUUUCACAUUAGUACUUCAAUCUUUGAAAAUAUUAAAAGAUUUCUGAAGAAAGAGUGGGCCUACUUGAAAGAAAAAGAAACGUCUUCGAAUAAUCCUAUAGCAGACAGAAUCUGGAAUAUUCUCCCCCAGAGAAUUGAGGAAAAAGUAAUCAUGGUUCCGCAGCAAAAGAAUGAUUACGAUUGUGGUCUCUUCGUUCUGUUCUUUAUUCAACGUUUCAUUGAAGAUGCUCCUCAAAGGCUAAAAAAGAAAGAUAUAGCAAGGGUGCGCAUUAUAUUUGGUUACUACUACAAUUUGGCAAGCAGUGGUUUAGUCCUAAAGAAGCAUCUGACCUGAGACCAGAAAUUCGGGCUUUACUUAAGAAUAUGUUCAGAGAAAGCAGGGUGAUAGAAGUAUAGAUCGACUCAUUAACUACUAACUCCAGCUACAGGCGCUGAGCAUCAGAUACUCUUAAAGUUCUUCCAAGAGUUGGCAUUUGGUGUCUGAUUUUUCUGUAUAGUUCUCAUAUGGACAUCGCAAAUGCAACUCAGUUGUGAUUGCAAAUGAGGAUUAGAUGCGGAAUAUAUUUUGAGACUAUUUGUACAUCAAUCACAGUAGUAGCUCUGUUGCAAGCUGGUCCUUUUUGUUGAAUGUAGAUAAAGCUAAAAGAGGAUUCUCUUGUCUUCUGAGAUUAUGGAUUUUUUUUUUUUUAAUAAUAUACCAGAGAUCAUUCCAGUGGACAA